CCACUACACUCCAGUGACCCACUGCUCCGCCGUCGCUAUCGCCGUCGCCGUCGUUAUCGCCGCCGUAGGUUCCGUCUUGUAUAAUCGGAUCCUAAGAUGUCAAUUUCUUAUUCUCCUUGUUUUCAACCUCUGAAAGUGUUCCCUAGAAGCAAUCGUAUUCGUUCAAGCGGAGCUUUGACCUUGAAUCGACGUAAUGUAGUGACAUGUAUGAAAAAAUCUCAUGAAGAUACCUCUCUUGAAGCAAAGGUUGAUUUCUUACUAGAUCAUGUCAAAUGGGACAACAAAGGCCUUGCGGUUGCUAUAGCCCAAAAUGUUGAUACAGGAGCAGUCUUAAUGCAAGGGUUUGCAAACAGAGAGGCUUUGUCAACAACAAUCUCAUCACGUAAAGCAACAUUUUAUAGCCGGUCACGGUCAUCUUUAUGGACAAAGGGAGAGACAUCCAAUAAUUUUAUCAAUGUUUUUGAUGUCUUUCUUGAUUGUGAUCGUGAUUCUAUAAUAUAUCUUGGGAAGCCUGAUGGUCCAACAUGCCACACGGGGUCAGAGACAUGUUAUUACACGCCAGUUGAUGAACUUCUGAAAAAUCCAGAGGUUGAGAAAAACGAGCUGGCUUUGACGACUUUAUACGCAUUAGAAUCUACAAUCAACCAAAGGAAGGCAGAAACAUCUAGCUCUUCAAAUGGAAAACCCUCGUGGACGAAGCGAUUGUUGCUUGAUGACAAAUUGCUUUGCUCCAAAAUUCGAGAAGAGGCUGACGAGUUAUGCCGAACUCUGGAGCAAAACGAGGCUAAUGGUCGGACUGCCUCAGAGAUGGCAGAUGUCUUGUAUCAUUCCAUGGUUUUGCUUUCUCUUAGAGGAGUAAAACUGGAGGAAGUUAUGCAGGUCCUUAGACAAAGGUUUUCAAAGUCAGGCAUUGAAGAAAAGAAUAGUCGAAAAUCCUAGGACAUAUGGUAUAGUAAAAACCUCUUCCUCUACUUUA